UUUCAUCCUCAUGUAGCAGUAACUAGCCAGUACCAGCUAGGGACUACUUAUAUUUACCAAUACGAUACUCAUGUCAAGUUGAAUGAAGCUAAAAGUGAGCUACGACCAAAUAAGAGCAUUGGAAAAAAUGUUGGAUAUAAAUUAAGAAGUCAGGUUAAGGUGAAAAAUGUUUGGCAGAAUCCUGAAAACACGGCAGAAAAUCUGAUUAAGAUUGAGCUUCUGGAACCUCGGCUGCUAAUCUUGUCUUCAGAGAAUUUUGUUUCUCAUGAUUCUAUUGUGAAAAAGCAUACACAAUAUCCACUCUUUGUUUUAUGGAGAAAAGGGAAAGUUGAGAAAGUGUUCACUGUAACAGAAUCAUUAACUUUAACAAACUUGAAGAAAGGUGUGGCUAGUUUACUGCAGCUCCCAGCAAAACAAGGGUUGUUUAAUGAGGAAGAUGUAUCUGGAAGAUGUGAAGUGUCAUAUGAUCAAGAUGGGUCAUUUAUAAAGAAAAAAAAACAUUACUGUGUCCAUCCUAAAAGAGAGGGUCAAUUCAGUCAUUCUAAUGAGGUUCAAUCAGCAACUGUAACAACCAGUUCUGAAACUGUGUACGAGUUAGCUCUUGAUGGAGGAAUUGUGAAAUCAGCUCAAGGAAAUGAAAAUAUACAGAUGCAUGUAAAUAUAUGGAGUGAUGCUGCAGUUAGUCUGGAUUCUGAAUACAAAUUGGUAUUAAAAGAAGAAAAGAGUGAUUCUUCAGGACUUUCAGCUUCAAACCUCGAUGAUGCUCUUCAAAUUUUAAUAAAAGAAGUUGGCAUGCAACUGGUGGAAGAAAACAUCAUUUCCCAACCAGAGAAACAUGUUUGUAAAGGAAACUGCAAGUCGGUUCCAGGGUUGGUGAAAGACUAUAGGAAGGAGUUAGGCACAGAAAAGAUUGCAACUUUGAAGUCAGCAACAGCUUUCUUGCAAUUAUUAGAAAGGUUCAGAGGUGCUUCUAAAAAGAACAUUGUGGAUAUAUUGAAAAGUUCUAAAAACAAAAGUAUAUUACCCCAGCUUUUGGACCUCAUUGCUGCUUCACAAACAGAGAAUUCUCUCCAAGCUGCUAUUGAAACUCUAGAUUUAACAGGAGAAAACAUUGAUAUCCCAGAAAGAUUUUUUCUAGGUUUGUCUGUAGCUUCACAUCCUAGUCACAUGAUUCUGUCAGAUCUCAUGAAACUCACAAGCUAUAAUUUCCAAAACCCAAAAGUGAAGACUACAGUUAUGAUGACUAUUGGUGCCUUAACAAGAUCUUAUUGUAGAAAAAACCAGAAAUUGUGUGAUUCUAAGGUAGUACAAACAAUUCAUGGAUAUUUUGAGAAAGAAUUAGCUUCUUGUAAGGAUGACCUCUGUCGACUGAUGUACUUGAGGGCCUUAAAAAAUGCUGCACUUCCAGCCAGUAUGCCAACUUUGUUAAAGUAUGCCAAGAGAGGAGGUAAAUGUGCUGUUGUGGCUGUUGGUGCUAUUUCUAACAUAGGACUGGAAUAUUUAACAGAAGAGGUUAUGAAAGUUUUGGAAGGAGUCUAUCACCAGGUUUGGAGCCGACAGGACAGCACUGCUCGGGCUAUUGCAGCAGAGUUGAUUAUUAAAAAUAAUCCAUCUGAGUUGGUUCUGAGUGAACUUUUACAAUCUCUGGCUGUAUCUGAAAAUGCUGGUUUGUCAAGAUUUCUUCUGGCAAAACUUUAUGACUUGAUUACUACAGACUUUAUGUUAAGGUCAAAAGUGGAAAAAUUACUUAAAAACUCUGAAUUUGGAAAUUAUAAUAUUUUAUCCCAAAGUGGUGCCUCGACUUCAUUCACCAAAUAUUCAUAGCUAACAGAGAUGUUAAUGCUACAUACUCUGUCAACUUGGAGCUUGGACCAAGUGGAAUGUUAAAAACCAGCUCUUUUGAUGUGGUCAUCUCAAAUAAAAAGAAUCAACUUAAAAUUUUUUCUGUGGGGCUGUUUGCAGGAGGCUUAGGAAGUUUUGCUGGAGAGGAAGAAGUUCAGUCUGAAGAAUCUGAGGAAGCUACUGCUGGCAUGGAAUUGAAUGUGUUGGGAGUAGGGCUUAGACCUUACACUUUCUUUACUGGAACAGGAGAGUUGAUGGGUCUGGUAUGGUCUGGAGCUGGAAGUGAGCGAACACCAGCCCUCCAG